AUGUCGAACAAUGUAUCAGUCGAGUCUGGCGAUCUAGGUAGUGGCGAUGAUGUUUCCGCCAUAAUUGCUUCACCUCCUCGACCACUUUCACCACUAGAUACAGCAUAUCAAGGCGCAUCUGAUGCUGAAAUGGGUACUGCUAUCACAGCUCCAGAUAGAGCUGAUGAAAAUCUUACUCGGCAAUUGAGAGGUCCAGAGCCUUCUAAUGUUGUAUCUUGGGAUAGUGAUACUGAUGCAUUGAAUCCUAUGAAUUGGUCUAAUACUAAGAGAUGGGCCAAUACGGGAGUUAUCUCUGUCAUGACUUUCUCCACUCCUCUUGCAUCCACCAUGUUUGCCCCUGGAGUUCCUCUCGUGAUGGAAGAAUUUCAAUCUACGAAUAUGAUUUUACAAACUCUCGUCGUCUCAAUCUUUGUCCUCGGUUUUGCCGCCGGUCCCAUUAUUGCUGCGCCCAUGUCAGAAUUGUAUGGUCGGAAACCAGUUUAUUUGACUGCCAAUUUCUUGUUCUUGAUAUUCACUCUUGGCUGCGGUUUGUCAACUGGUCUCAAUAUGCUUGUAGUCUUUCGAUUCUUGGCAGGAUGUGCUGGAGGAGCGCCUACUGCACUCGGCGGCGCAAGUAUCGGCGAUAUGUUCCAUCGAGAUCAGCGCGGACUCGCAAUGGCUCUUUGGGGAAUGGGACCUUUGAUGGGACCGAUAGUCGGACCAAUUAUAGGAGGUGUACUUGCUGCAAACGCGGGAUGGCGAUGGGCUUUUUGGUUGGAAGCUAUUAUUGCCUGUGUGACGUUGGUUGGAGGAUUUUUUCUCCUGCAGGAAACUUAUCCGGUGGUGAUCUUGGAGAGAAAGACGAGACGGAUUAUUAAGGAGACGGGAAAUCUGGCAAAAGUUUCGGCGCUGCAUCAUGCAGAUACGCCAAUGGUGCAUUUCACUAAUGCUAUAGUCCGACCGUUGAAGACGCUAUUUCGUUCACCAAUCGUCUUUCUUCUCUCCGUAUACUAUGCCGUUCUUUUCGGAUACUUGUAUCUAUUCAUCACGACAUUUCCAUUCACCUUUUCCAACCAAUAUCAUUUUUCCGUUUCACUUACCGGGCUUUCGUAUCUGGGUCUUGGGUGCGGGAUUGCCAUUGGGCUUUUCGUAUCGGGAAAAGUCUCGGAUCCGAUUUUCAAACGGUUGACGGAAAAGAAUGGCGGGAUUGCCGAACCGGAAUAUCGAUUGCCUACGCUGAUGCUGACGAGUCCGCUGAUAGCGAUUUCGCUUUUUGUUUAUGGAUGGACGGCGCAAGCGCAGAUUCAUUGGAUUGUGCCGAUUAUCGGGACGAGCUUCUUUGGGAUUGGGAUGAUUCCUGCUUUUGUACGUCUCUUAUCUCUUCCUCUUAUUCUCCGCUUAUUUCUUAUUUCCCCUAUUUUCCAUUCCUUGCGAGUAAAUAAAUAA